UCGAGGUGGUCGAGUGCUACUGUUAUCUAAUAAAAUAAACAAACUUAUAUAAAUAGAAGGAUAAUCAAAAUCUUUAUCUUAUCUUGCACUUGCAAUAAAUCGAUCAUGAAAAUUCACCAUAAAUUCUUUCAAACGAACGUGUUAUAAUGUGCUUCUCUGCGUAAAAAAUAUUGUUGUUUUAACAUUUUGAGAUUUAAUAAUAUUUAGUGAAAAAUGCCUUCCGGGCAGAGAGAAGGUACGGUGUCGAUACCGCUGACUCCCACAAGAUCAGAUUUAUAUUGGCGAAGAAUUUUUAACAAGUACGACAAGGACAACGAUGGACGAAUAUCCUACGUAGAACUCAAAGGUAUAAUCGAGUCAAGGGAAUAUGACCACGAUUUACCGGAUAAUGUCGUGGAUAAGAUCAUGAGUCUCGCGGAUAGGGACAACUCUGGUUAUCUGGACUUCGCCGAAUUCGUCGAAAUGAUGCACAAUCCCGAUUUGAAAGCUGUAUUUGGACAUUUCGUCGCGAGAUACAUUCAUUCAAUUAUUCCCCAUAGAGGUCCUGUGGAUACAACUGACAGGUGGACAGGAUUCAGAGCUGUAUCUACAUCAGAUGGCGUCCAUAGCAAAAGCAUAUUCACAUACACAGACGGGACAUACGAAGAGGAGUACAGUUGCUGGCCACCAGCGAUUUGUAUGAUACUGAUAUCAAUUAUUGAAAUUGUGCUGUUCUGUUAUGACGCCAGUCAGGGCAAGACUGAUGCAACGGGGCCCAUCGCUCAGAUAUUUAUAUACAACCCCCAUAAGAGGGAGGAAGCCUGGCGCUUCCUGACUUAUAUGCUGGUGCAUGUCGGCGUAGUCCAUCUCUUAGUAAACUUACUGGUGCAAUUGUUUCUCGGUGUACCGCUAGAGAUGGUACACCGAUGGUGGCGCGUUAUGCUAGUUUAUCUCGCCGGGGUUGCGGCUGGCUCACUGGCUACUAGUCUCACCGAUCCAAAAGUUUAUCUCGCUGGUGCUUCAGGUGGCGUGUACGCUCUGGUUGCGGCUCACAUCGCGACCAUAAUUAUGAAUUGGGCGGAAAUGGAAUUCGCGAUAAUACAAUUACUUGUGUUCCUACUUCUGGCAACAGUGGAUAUCGGUACAGCUGUCUACGAUCGCUAUUGGAGACAUUUGCAGCAAAAUAUAGGAUAUGUUGCGCAUUUGGCUGGCGCAAUAGCCGGACUCCUCGUUGGUAUCGGUGUUCUUCGUAACCUUGAAAAGAGAAAAUGGGAGAAACGUCUUUGGUGGGCAGCGGUUGUUCUCUACUUCUCUCUCAUGUUGAUCGGCGUGCUGGCUAAUAUAUUCUGGAAGACACAUUUCCAGACAUAGGUGUGGGAUACACCUACGUGCCGCAAAAAAUGGGGCCAUAUAUUUUUAGUCUUCAUUUUAAGAGGAGAUUUUAUUUUAUUUUUUACAAUUAUUGUUAUAUUCUAGGCAUGCUUAGCUAAAUUCGUUCAUAUUAUGAGUUGUUCACGAUGUAAAAUAUAGGAAUGUAAUUUAAACAAAUGCUUGAAAAUAUAUCGAACUUCAAUAUCGAAUUUACAUAAUUUGAGAAGAAAAAUAAAAUAACAGACUGAGGAGUAUGUCUGUCCCUAUACUGUAGUUAUAGAAGAUUGGAGAUUUUUCGCAUGUUGGUGAAAAUAUUUUUUACAUAAUCUUUAGAUAAGUUCGCAUAAAAAAUCCCACCUUCCUAGUAAAAAUCAUUCCUCAACUCAACAUAAUAAAAUAAAUUUCUAUAUAAUGUGCAUAAAACCUAUUUGUAAUUAUAAGAUAUAGAUGUGUGUGUUAGUAAUAUGUAUUUAUUUACGUUGUAAGUUUUUGUAUGUGUGCUGCUAUGCUCAAUUUAUUGUUAUUUUUAAUUGCAUAGUCUUUUAAAUAUGCAUUUAUGCCUCAUCUUGAGCCAAUUAAUACGAUAUUAAAAAAAAUGUUUUCGAAAACAAAAGAAUUGUAGUACCAUUUUAUACAGCCUAGUUCAAUGUUUAACCACAUUUUAAUAUAAUUUACAUGCUGGUAAAGCCAUUGUAAUGAUCUUUAGUUUAGAAAAAAAACUGGUAAAAAAAUAUUCUUGUCAGAAUAAAACUGUCAUAGACACGAUUGACUUUCGAUGUUGCCAUCAUUCAUUGUUAUUCGUUGGCAUAUCCACUAGUAUGUAAUAUGUAUUUUAUUUCAGUAUUAUACUUUUGUAAAAGUUUAUAUAUAACUUCAUUAAAUUUAUAACUAAGUAUUAUUUAAAUUGAAAUUUACAAAAAAAAAAUCUAUAAGUCCAUUACAAUUGAUUUUGUGAGUAAAAUACUAAUAAAUGUAAAACUUGUUACGCAUUGUAGAAAGUAGAUUUGUAAAAAAUCUCGGAUGUUUUAUAUCCUUUACAUGUUUCGAAAUAGGUUUUGAAAUUACAAUAGAAUUUAAUUUCACAAUUAAUUUAUACCAGUAAUUAACUUGUAUAUACAAAGCGAAGUUGUCUCUAUUUUGUUUGUAAUAAAAGUAGUUAUUUUAUGAAUAAGCCAUUCUAAAAACUCAAUAUUCUGCCAAUCGUGGGAACUAUACCCAUAUGGUCUUUUAAAAAUAUAUAAUAAAAAAAAAUCCCAAUAUAAAAAUUGUAGUUACCAAAAUUUUACAUAUUAAUCUUUUAUUCAAUUACAUUUUAUGCUUAAUGCUAUUAUAUUGUUCCUAGUGCUAAGACUUUAUGGAUGCAGCAUUUUUAUUCACGGCCUCACUUUUGAUAUAAAUAAGCACUAAUAUAAUAUUACUUUUUAAUUCCAACUUACUUUUAUUGCUUUGGCUCUAUUUUUUUAAUAUUAAAAAAGCACUUAGUUAAACAGUAAAUUGUAACAUGAUAUAAUGGAUGCGAAACUCUUUAUAAAAACUUCGAUUAAUUAUUUGCAAUUGUUAACAUUGAAUAAAAUGUUAUAUUUUUUUUAUAAUAUCAAACUAGACUGAAUGGCAAUGAAAAUGUAUUAAAAUUAACUUUUUUAUCUGUAUAUAUACAUUCUUGGUACUGAUAUUGUGCCUUACUAUACAAAACUGUCUUUCGAUGAAUUUACAUUACAUAAUUAUUAAUGUACAGUUUUUACUUAUGAAAGUAGACGUGAGAUUAUAUUGCAGCUAAUUAAGCAAUGAUUUAAUCACUAAUGUGAUAAGCUUCUAAGUAAUAAUAUUAUACUGCCUUAGGUAACUAUAAGAGUCGAAUAUUUAUACUUUUUCUAACAUUUUUUAAGUUAAUAAUAAAAUUGUUAUGUUUGUAGAACAAAGACUGUUCCGGGUGUAAUAGAUUUUUUGGAAUUCGACUUUUUGGGCACUAGAAUAGUAUAUGGAUAUAGAAUUUUACAACGAUCCUUUAAUUAAAAUAUGGCGUUUAGUAAAAUGCUUUUGACGCAACACUACAAGGACUUUAGUUUUUUCCUAACAGUCAUUGUUCUAUUAUUACAAUAAAAAAUUCCUAGUAAUAGUAGAUUGAAUUAUUUUUAUAGUCAAAUAGAAGUGUUUUAGUUGUGUAGUUUUGUUAAAAUAAUUUAUUUUUCAAUAAUAAUAUAUAAAGAGUAGAAAAAAUAUUUAUUUUAAACCGGCGUCAAAAAAAAAAAAAAUAGGGUCUUAGAGAAUAAAUAGUUUAGAAAAGUUUCGUAACUCAAUUUUGACUUCAUUUUACAUUUAUAAAAAUUAUUAUAAAAUGAUGCUAUAAAAAAUUUUAAAUAGUUUCUGUGAUACACCCUUAAGAAUACCUAACAGUUGUUUUAAUUAGCUUUAAUUAUGUUACGAUUUUCAAUUUUAUCACAGUUUAAUGUUUUUUUUUUAAUAUAUACAAUUAAAAAUUAAUUCAUAAUCGAGAUACUUUUAUGUCCUAUUUUCUAUGUAUGUAAGUAAUUUAUAUAUAUAUAUAUAUAUAUAAAUUGAGUAUUUGAAUAUUAUAUUUCAUCAUUUAAGUAUCAAAGUAUAAAUAGUUAUAUAAUUUAUGUUGUUUUCCUGUAAAAGAAUGACGGCUUUAUGCAAAUGGGUUAAUUAAUUAAGUGUUGUUUGAUUAGAUUAAGUUCUUGUACUGAAAUAUAAGUAAAUAAAAUGCGCACAUUACCAUGUGAUGUGACAUAAACGUUAUUUCUUAAA